GUUCGUGCGUCCUGUUCUCCCGGAUGCCGGCACCAAGAGCGGUGCGGGCUCGUCCCUGAGUCGGACGGAGAGCUGAAGAAUGACGGGAUCGAUCUGAGAGCGCGUCCGCCGGGCCAGAGCCGGAGGGAUAGCCCGGCGGAGGGGAAGAAUAUGGUGCCGCGGCGCCGUCCGGUCACCAGCACCCGGCCUCGCCCUCGCUCCUCCUCCCCUCGGAGCCCUGGACUCGGGUCCCGCGCCAGCGGCCAAAGCGUUAACUCCGCGCGGGGCCCCGCGAGGCCCAGCGGGCGGCGAGACGGCAGGGCAAGCGCUGCUGCCCGGGAGCCUCCGCCGAUGGAGUGUGGCCUGGCUGGCGCGAGCACAGGAGAUGGGCUGGUGAUGAAGAUCAAGCCAGAGAAGCCAGAGUGGAUGCUGCAGACGCUGGUGCCACAGGCCGAGCUUUCCGAGAAGGAUAAGGAAAACAUCUUCCAGCAACAUCGGGGCCUCCCGCCAUGCCAGACCAUGGGGAAGCCUCGGGCCUUGGGACAGGAGGAGACUGGGGGUCCAAGGUGGGCCCCUCCCACUGAGCAGGCUGGGGGGCUGGCAGGCCGGGCUCUUUCUGCCGGCGAGGGUCACUUUGUGUGCCUGGACUGCGGGAAGAGGUUCAGCUGGUGGUCGUCCUUGAAGAUCCACCAGCGCACGCACACCGGGGAGAAGCCGUACCUGUGCGGCAAGUGCGGCAAGAGCUUCAGCCAGAAGCCCAACCUGGCGCGUCACCAGCGGCACCACACGGGCGAGCGGCCCUUCUGCUGCCCCGAGUGCGCGCGGCGCUUUAGCCAGAAGCAGCACCUGCUCAAGCACCAGAAGACCCACUCGCGGCCCGCCACCCACUCGUGCCCCGAGUGCGCGCGCUGCUUCCGCCACCAGGUGGGCCUCCGCAUCCACCAGCGCGCGCACGCCCGGGACCGCCAGGGCGCCCGCCCCGGGCUGCAGGAGUUGCUGCGGGCCGCCGCCGCCCGCCGGGGCUGUCGCCUGCGGCCCGGGCCGCCGCGGGGCCGCCCCGAGUGGGCCUGGCUGGGGCUUUGCCAGGGCUGGUGGCGCCAGGCGGGGGCCCGGGCCGCAGUCGCCGCCGCCGCCGCGGGGCCGGGCGAGCAGCGCCAGUUCAUCUGCAACGAGUGCGGCAAGAGCUUCACGUGGUGGUCGUCCCUGAACAUCCACCAGCGCAUCCACACGGGCGAGCGGCCCUACCCGUGCCCCGAGUGCGGCCGCCGCUUCAGCCAGAAGCCCAACCUGACGCGGCACCUGCGCAACCACACGGGCGAGCGGCCGCACCCCUGCCUGCACUGCGGCCGCAGCUUCCGCCAGAAGCAGCACCUGCUCAAGCACCAGCGCACGCACCUGCCCGGCGCCCAGGCGGCGCGCUGCCCCAGCUGCGGCCAGAGCUGCCCGAGCCGCGCGGCGCUGCGGGCCCACGAGCGCGCGCACGCCGCCCCCGCCGCCGAGCCGCCGCGCCCCGGGCCCGCCGUGCGGGACGCGGCGCCGCGCUCCGAGCCGCAGGCCGAGGCGCCCCCGGGCCUGUCGGCGCCGCCGCCGCCGCCGCCGCCGCCGCCGCCGCCGCCGCCGCCGCCGCCGCCGGGGCGCGACCCCCAGCCGGCCCGGGGCCUGGGGGGCGUGCCGUGGGGCCGGGCGCGGGCCGGCCUGAGCGCGCCGGGCGAGCCCCGCCAGUUCAUCUGCAACGAGUGCGGCAAGAGCUUCUCGUGGUGGUCGGCGCUCACCAUCCACCAGCGCAUCCACACGGGCGAGCGGCCCUACCCGUGCCCCGAGUGCGGCCGCCGCUUCAGCCAGAAGCCCAACCUGACGCGGCACCGGCGCAACCACACGGGCGAGCGGCCCUACCUGUGCUCCGCGUGUGGCCGUGGCUUCAGCCAGAAGCAGCACCUGCUUAAGCACCAGCGUGUGCACCGCGGGGCCCUGGCGCCCACCCCCAGCGCCAAGGACCAGGCUCUUUAGCGCGCCCGGACCCCAGCAGACGCGUGGUGGGGGUGGGAGGGGAUGUUAGUGGGGGGUGCGCGUGGCCAGGAAUGGUGGUUUUUACAACCCCUGGGGGCAGAACCCUGUGAAAGGGUGAUUUCCUCAAGGCUCCGAAGGCUAGAGAACAGAAUUCCAGAAGCAUCCCCAAGGGGACGGUCCUAGGGUGGGCUGAGGGAGGAGGUAGGAUGGAACAGAUCUCACUCCAGAGCCUGGAUGUGUCCGUCGGUGCCUCAGACGGGGGAACCGCAGGCCUCAGGCCCCGGGGAGGGGGCUGUCAGGGCUCUGGGAGAGGCUCCCCGGUGUGAAAUGGGCCAGGGCUGGACUGAUGAGCUGUAGCAGCAGCCUGUCACAUGCGGGUCUCGUGGGGGACUUUUAACAGACUCACUGAUAGCAAGGAUGGAAGCCAGCCGUGGUGGCUGAGGAGGGGCAAGCAUGGGCCCAGUGCCAAGGGCAGUGCCUGGCACUUAAUGGCCGUUCAGACCUUAGGCCUGGUAUGUGUGUGGGGUCAGAUCGGGGUAUAGAGGGGUGGCGGCAGCUGCGGUUUGGUAGCUUGGGGAGGGACCUGCAGCGGGAAAGAACCGCAUGUGCUGCCCCUACUUAGCAGCCCAGGGGCGCUCCCGACGGCUGUCGUUGACCCGGGUCUUUAUCAAUGCCACUGUUGCCGAAGAGAAAAAUGAAGGACUGACUGUCUCAA